GUUGGCAAGAGCGAGAAGCGAGAAGAAAAGUUGUAGGUUGUAGUGGUUGCAGUGCAGUUCAGUGUUCAGUGCGCAGCGAUAAAAAACAGACCCAAGAUCCAGAUAAGAUGACGUUGAUGACGGCAACCUUAUCACACGUUUUAUUUGCCAUCGUUAAAAGUGCCUUGAUAAAAUAAUUCAAUAAUGUAAGAAUAAUGGUCGAAAUAUCAUAUAUAUGAUAGACCUUUAUUAAUGAACUCUUUUAAUCACAUUGUCAAUUUUACGUGUAUUUCGACACAUUCCAUUUUAUUACCAUUACAUCAAGUUAUCAAGGAUACACGUAUUAUACAAUGGAUAAGAAUGAUAAAUUGGAAAUACUGAAAAAUGCUAUAAAGAGUUAUCCCGAUUUUCCUGAACCUGGGAUUAUUUUCCGAGAUAUAUUUGGUGUGUUUCACGAUAUUGUUGCAUUACGAGCGAUGAAAGAUUUAAUUGUGGAGCAUAUUUUAGUUCUCGAAGUCGAUUUAAUUGUAGGAUUGGAUUCGCGUGGCUUCCUCUUUGGUCCUAUGAUUUGUAUGGAAUUGGGCAAGCCUUUCUUGCCUAUUAGAAAAAAGGGUAAACUUCCAGGCAAGGUCACCCAGCAGAAGUAUGCGUUAGAAUAUGGAGAGGCUACAUUUGAAUUGCAAACAGAGUUUAUUAAUGAAGGGACCAGAGUGCUAGUUGUUGAUGAUUUACUGGCAACUGGAGGUUCCAUGGCUGCAGCAGUGCAAUUACUAAAAUCGGUAGGCGCUGAUGUACGUGAAUGCUUGGUAAUAAUGGAGUUGACUCUGUUGAAAGGUCGGGAUAAGCUUAGCGCACCUGUCCACUCCUUCGUACAAUAUGAUCGUUAGCAGAUACGUUUCAAUAUUUGCAAGUACAAAUAUGCGGUCUAUAGAUAACCAAAUGUAAAAUCUUACGUUUUUAACACGGCAACAAGAUGCCCUGUAUUGUACCUUCUUGCCACGUUGAAAUAAAAUAGAUAUUUUUCUAUAUGUAUACAUACACACGUA